AUGCUUGAAAAAACUAUUAAGAUAGUGGCUCCACUUGCAACUAGUGCGGAAUUCGAAGAAUUUAGAGAAGAACGCCAAUUAACUGGGCCAACCAUUUCAUCAAGCUCAACUGUCAUACAAACAAAACCCGACAAUAUGGUUCGUUCUGAAAAUGAAUCGCAAUCAACUGGCACCCUUCGGAGAUCGGAUCGAUCUUUCGGUGUGGUAUAUUUGGAAGUAAAUGAGGAGGUUAAAAGAGCAGUUUUACCUGUGUCAAUUCAAUCAAUGGAUACAGUUCGAGCACUUUUCUUACGCUCAUUUCCCCAGCUUACUUCGCAGUACUUAAGUCAGCCAAGAGUAAAGAUCUAUAUUCAAGAACCAUCGAAGGGGCAGUUAUUCUAUGAACUUGAUGAUCUUAGCGAUAUUAAAGAUCAGGCCGUGCUUAAAUUACGAGAACAAAUCAAUGGUUACCAAUCGCCCCAGCCAAUCCGCUUCACAGAUCAUCCACCGAUUGAAUAUUUAAGUGAAUCUGAGUUAGAGAUGAUGGAUUAUCGUGGGCGAAUGCCACAGCACAGAUACAAUAACCAUCGUUCCGCUAGCGCACUAGAUGGACGAAUAUUUGGCGUUGGUGGAGCUCCGAAAAAACUGACACGGUAA